GAAGGUCAGUCACUCUACACGACUUGCAGCCGACUCACUUGUUUCAGCCUUUCUCUAAUCAUUCUUCAGUCCGCGUCCCGGGAAUAACCUCACUCCUCGACACCUUCUGUCACGUUAACUUGGUCCCGGUCGACGCCCGCCCUUGGUGUUUAUUGCCUGAUACCCCUUCUCGCUUGAUCGAACAUGGCAAACGACGAGUACGAUUUCCUCUUCAAAGUCGUUCUUAUAGGAGACUCGGGUGUCGGUAAAUCCAAUCUGUUGAGUCGAUUUACACGGAACGAGUUCAACCUUGACUCAAAGUCCACCAUUGGUGUUGAGUUCGCAACCCGAUCAAUCCAGGUAGACACGAAAACAAUCAAGGCACAGAUCUGGGAUACCGCAGGACAAGAAAGAUACCGAGCCAUUACAUCCGCCUACUAUCGUGGAGCCGUCGGCGCCCUACUCGUCUACGACAUCAGCAAGCACCAGACAUACGACAAUGUCACGAGAUGGUUGAAAGAGCUUCGGGAUCAUGCGGACGCCAAUAUCGUGAUCAUGUUGGUUGGAAACAAGAGCGAUCUGCGACACUUGCGGGCGGUGCCUACUGAAGAAGCAAAGCAAUUUGCGAGCGAGAACAACCUAUCGUUCAUCGAGACGUCUGCGCUUGAUGCUAGCAACGUCGAAUUGGCCUUCCAAAAUAUCCUGACAGAAAUCUAUCGAAUCGUCUCGAGCAAGGCGCUGGACAGCGGAGAUGCGGCGCAAGCACCAACUGGCGGUGUGAAGAUUGACAUGACUCCGUCAGGGGCGCCGGAUAACAAAAGCAACAAGUGCUGCUAAAUGCCAGUCGAAUUCUGUGGUGCAAACUAGGAGCUGGGGGCGUUGCCAGACUUGUUUAUGCAUGAGUUUGGUCGUUUGCCGAUACGAUCAUGACUUGUACGGUUCAAUGCCAACGAAAUGGGUAGUGGGUUAAUAUGGGCAAUGAUAAGGGUAUGCUUCGAUUUCAAUGCAAAACCAGAUGCAAAACAGAAAGUUCUUCUACCGGGCAAUUGAUAGCAUGGGACUGUUUCCAGAAGUGUG